UCGACUGCGGUCAAACAGGACUACAACGAGUAUAUGUGGACUAUGCGCAAGGAGUUUCACGAUCCGGAACCAUUCGCUAGUGAAACUUCGUCCGCCAUCGUCGAGCGUGAUAACCUGGCAAACUUUGACCGCGAGCCAUCGCCGCUGCCAAAGACCAACGGAGUCAAAUCUCACAAGCCACGUGAUGCCACCAACGGAUCGUCAUCUCCACCACGACCAGCAGCACGGAGAUCAUCAUCAGCAGCGGCAACAUCAAUGCAACUGCAGUAAAACAACCACCGCGUCGCAAUCGUUGGAUGAGCUGGAGUUUGAGCGAGGGAUUUGGACUGCAGCUAUUGAUAAUGACGAAAACAAACUAAGAUCGCUGAUUGAUAAAGGGCAGUUGCACGUCAAGGACAACUCAGGCUAUACUGCACUUCAUUAUGCUGCCCGAAGUGGCCAUCUGAUAAUUUGUCGGGUAUUGCUCGAUGCAGGUAUCGGAGUAAACGAACAAACCCACGGAGGCGUGACCGCGCUGCAUAGAGCCGCAAUGAUGGGACACAGUGAAAUCGUCAACCUUCUCCUAUCGCGAAAAGCGGACCCAUCUAUCCAGGACAGUGAUGGAAAAACCGCCCUCCACCGUGCAGCGGAAAAGUGCCAUUCGGAAGUGUGUCGUAGCUUGCUACAGUUUGAUUCCUCUCUUGCGACGAUUCAUGAUGGCAAAGAAAAAGUCCCACUCCAACUGGUACCGGAACAAUCAGCUCAUCGGCAACGGUUGGUCGAAGUCUUCGACUCAUUUUGCAGGUAAGAUCUGAUUCCGGCGCGUCUCCCUCACGCAUAAAAUUAGCUCAUGUCUCGAAAACACCCCUUCCGUUGUUUCGAAGCGUGCGUCAGCGGAGCUUUUCCUUUCAAUCCUUUGUUUAAUUUCCCUCUUAAGUUAAGCUGCGUACCUUAUCACGUAACACAAACUAUGUACACAUUAAACUAAAGGGGUCGAACAAUAGUCUACUUUGUGAUAGUUGCUCAGCGAUGUUGUAAUUUAACGAAUAAAUAUUUAAGUGUUUUUCGAUUCAGGUAGUUUAUAUAAUUAACAACAUUUUCUGAUAUUAGAUUGACCAUGAUGUUUCAAAAUAUUAACAUUGUCAUAUUGUGACUAUUUUUAUUAUACCACAACUGUUCUUAAUAGAUAAGAAUGAAUUCUAAAUUUUAUCUUUUUUCACCCUAUAAAGAGGAUUAAUUUACCAUAUACUAUACACCAAAUUUCUUGAGUGAAUUGCGUAGAAGAACAUCAUCUUAACUAUGACUAGACUUUUGUGUACACAUUCGAACAUCAUUAGUAAAUAUUAGCAAUCAGUAGUCUUUAAUAAGCAAGUGUGAUUUGCAAACAAAAUUGUUGUAACUACUUGUUUCUGAACAAAGCAUAAAUGUAUAGAGUACGCUAUAAA